AUGGAGCAGGGCGAAGAGUUCACGAGACAAAUUUCCCUGUGGGGAACGACCCACCAGGAGAUCCUGAUGAGUAGUUCAGUGUGCCUACUCGGUAGCAGCCUCAUCAUCCUGGAAGUUGCAAAGGGGUUGUUGCUCAGUGGCAUAAGGAAUAUCACCAUUGUAGACAACACGUGUGUAACCACGGAGGAUGCAAAAUAUUAUAUUUUCUCCAAAGGGCAUGAAAUACUAAAUGAGUACAAGUGCAAAGUGGUGAAAGAAAAUUUGAUGAAAAUGAAUCAGCUAGCCAAUAUUACAUGUAUAGUUGAGGAUCCAUUAAACUACAUGAACGAGGUGGAAUCAAAUGGGGACACCUACGACGUGAUUGUCUGUAACUUAUCUGUAAAGAACAAUUUGUCUGUUGAAAAUAUAUGUAGGAGGAAAGGCAAAAAAAUUAUAACGUGCCAUGCUGAGGGGUACUUAGGUUAUAUACAUGUGAGUGCGAGAGGCCACCUGUAUCUGCACACUUGUGGCAAAAAGAGGAGAGAAAAAUCCGAGUGGGGGAUUUAUACUCACUUGUCUCUGUCUCUCUAUGACGAACUGAAGGAAUACAUACGGAGGGUAGAUUACGGUAACAUUCGCGGUGGCAGGUGGAGGGACAAAAUUGUAUUCCUGGCGAAGUGCUACCAAGACUUUCGCGCAGAGGGGGGCAGCGGCAUCAAUAGAGUUGACCACAACUACUGUGAAUGUGACAACGAAAACCAUUGUGAUCGUCCCUUUUUAACAUUCCUUGGUGAAAAACUAAAGUUGAAGGUUGCCCCCCGCUUCCCCCCCCCGGAUGAAGCAACCUGCACGAUGCUGAGCCCAAGGAGCGUCACGCAGAGGAUUAAGGAGGCCCUGCUUGGAAAACGAACGGAAGGGCCCCCCUAUAACCACAUUUUUAUAUUCCUGGUCGUUUUAAAGAGCUUUAUAAAAGAUCGAAAGGGGUUACCCUUCCUGCUGGACCUGAAAAAUGAGCAACCUAAUGAUAGUGCGACGACCAACUGUCUGGACAAAAUUUUGCUAAACAGAAAAAUGAAGGACGAAAAACAAAUCGAAAAACUUAUCGACAAGAAGAAACGAAAAUAUGAAUUUAGGAAAUUGUUUGAUCUGUCCCAUUUUGUGUAUUUUUUCUGGAACUUUCUUUUUAUUCGAAGGGUGGAAUGGAGUGGCUGGGGGGACAAUUCCUUGCGGGAGCACUUCCUAGAAUUUGCCUUUCUCUACGGUUCGGGAUUGAAGCCUAUUCGAGAAGGGACCCCCCGUCCACUUUACCGUCAUUUUUUGAAGCAGAAGACGAGGGGGGAUUUACUCCUGUGCGGCAGACACGUGAACCUCCUACAUUUUGGUGAAAGAGACCCGAAUGGGAAAAUUAAAAAGGAAUUAAACAAGCGUGUUGAAUUAUCAGCGCCACAUGAUGAGGGGGAUACAAACAUGGUUGAGCAGGACGAUGCGAAGGGGUUGCAUUUUUUACUCUCCUAUGUAGAUGCACAGAGAAACGUUUUGUUCAACACGGUGCGGAAAGUGGAGAGCACAUUCCACCGAAUGGUUUGCAAUGCAGAUCGUUACGGUGUGUGUGCACAGAUGGUCAUUGCGGGUUUGGUUACGCAGGAGGGGGUUAAAAUAUGUUCACAAUACUUGGAGCCGCAGUUGGGUUAUUUCUUCUUCACGGGGGGGAAACGGUGCGGCGGUUCCAACAUUGGUACGUGA